CCGGACGACUAGUUGAACGGACAUUUCCGGUGCAAAGUAAACAGUUUGACAUUGUGGUCUUCAGCAUUUUGAAGCAUGGCCUCUUUGACUGUAAAAUCUUUACGAGAGGUUAUGAGAGCGUUAGCCGACAGCUCGUGUUUUGACAGAGUCCUCAGCAAAGUGGACAUUUUGGCUGCCAGUCAGGGUAAGGUUGUGUGUGAGAUGCAGGUAAAAGAGGAGCACACAAACCGGGGCGGGACGUUGCACGGGGGGUUGACAGCCACCCUCGUGGAUGUUGUUUCUACCUUGGCCAUCAUGAAUAGCGAAAGGGGGGCACCAGGGGUCAGUGUGGACAUGAAUAUAACGUAUAUGAAUGCUGCUAAGAUCGGAGAGGAUGUUCUUAUCACGGCACAGGUGCUUAAACAAGGACGGACUUUGGCAUUUGCCACCGUAGAUCUCACCAAUAAGGCCACUGGGAAGCUCAUUGCGCAAGGAAGACAUACAAAACACCUUGGCGGCUCUUGAACUGUCUUUGUCUUUGUAAAUCACCAUUAUCUUCUCUGUUUGACAUCAAGUAAAAAAGAAUGUACAUGCAAGUGGGGGUUUGUGCAACUUAUUACCAUCAGGUCAAGCACAAUCAAUUACACAGGACAAAGCAGUGUUUAUGUUGCACUGUAUUGGAAUAUGCUCAGCAAUACCGAUUUUAGAACAAACAGAAAACCCAGAAGUUGAAUGCCUCACAUCUUUUCUACUGAGCACACUGAUACAAGGCGCAAAAUUAUAUGUACCAUGUAUUUCUUCAACUUUUUCACAAGAAAACCCGCAAAAACCCAAAUUACAAAGUGAUGAGCAAGACAGAAGAUUGUCUGAAUUUUAGUCAACUUAGAAAUCAAGUUAGUUCUUUUUCAGGAAUUUUUGUUAGGCUAGUUAAACAUAAAAUCUGCCACCAUUUCAAACCUUUUUGAGAAACCCACAUCUUCUAUGGAAAAAAAAAAAAAA